GUAAUUUGUGUUCAAUACUGUGCAGUUUGUAAACAGUUAUCAUCAAUUUGUGUUCAAUACUGUACAGUUUGUAAACAGUUAUCAUCAAUUUGUGUUCAAUACUGUACAGUUUGUAAACAGUUAUCAUCAAUUUGUGUUCAAUACUGUACAGCUUGUAAACAGUUAUCAUCAAUUUGUGUUCAAUACUGUACAGUUUGUAAACAGUUAUCAUCAAUUUGUGUUCAAUACUGUACAGUUUGUAAACAGUUAUCAUCAAUUUGUGUUCAAUACUGUACAGUUUGUAAACAGUUAUCAUCAAUUUGUGUUCAAUACUGUACAGUUUGUAAACAGUUUCAUUUAAACGUAAUG